AUGAGUGGGAUUGCAUUGAAAGUCACGUCGCUUCUAGUGCGGACAGUGGCAAAACCUAUAGCCAACGGGCUCAAGGCCCAGGCGAAAAACAACGAGGGCUUCAAGCGAACGUGUAUUCGGAUCGCCCAGACGGUGCACGCCACUGACGUGAGGUUGCGGAUGAAGCUCUUGGGGGAGAACAAGAUCAAGAUCAGGCCGUUGAACGAUAAAAAGGCCAUCGAAAGCGGAGCAAAUUUUUUGUCGGAGACGUUUAUCUUUUCUGUGGCGGGGCUGCUUAUCUUCUACGAGUCGUAUAGGUCUCGCAAGAAGCUGGCCAACGAGAAACAGAAUGUCAAGAACGAUAUCAGUGAGCUUCAAGAUGAUAUAGAGGAGGUCAAGAGUCUUCUAAAGCUCCUCUCGAAGGAAAUUGACCAUCUACAAGCCGCCACAAGGCAAGCAGCUGAUGAAGCUCAAAGGAAGCUACAAUCACCGCCAACUCCAUCUACACCAACUCCACAACUUGGACAAUCUCCAACUACAACACAGACGUAA